CUUGAACUUGGAAAGCGAUACCAAUGAUGCCGACAACGACCUCUGACGUGGCAAUAUUAUCCAAGCAAACACCCGAACGAACCGCGGGGCAGUCGGUUGAGCAUCGGUUGUCCCAGCGUAUCGCUUCAUACUUUCGGCAGAUGGGGACAGAGUGGAUCUGGGAAAGUUGAUGCUGAGAAAUCAAGGCGGAGCCAUUCCUCUCCCUUAUCAAUCAAUUUAUCGGCGUCGUGUUCUUCUUUCCUCAUGUCUUGAUUGUUUUCAAUAUACUAUUAACCCUCCAAUUGUCGUGGUGAAGGUGUGAAGCCCUUAAAUUCAAUCUGCUUGUCACCGGUGGAUCCCCACAGUGACGUAUUGCAUCAUUAGCUGUGAAAACGAAGCUAACUAACAGUUAACAUCGCAGACAACGUAAAAAGCAAAUAAGGAAAUAAACAAAAAAGACGCAUACCAUUCAUGGCUAGCGAAAUGGAAUAUACCCGACUCGGCAACUCCGGCCUCAAGAUCUCCAAGAUCAUCCUGGGCGCGAUGUCCUACGGGACCAAGCAAUGGCAGGACUGGGUGCUAGACGAGAACGAGGCCCUCCCAUUGAUCGAGCACGCCUACAAGCGUGGAAUCAAUACUUGGGACACAGCCGACGUCUACUCCCACGGUCGCUCGGAGGAAAUUAUUGGACAGGCACUGACCAAGUACAACAUCCCUCGGAACCGGGUGGUCAUCUUGACCAAGUGCUAUUUCGGUGUGGACGACGAGGGCAACCAGCCUCCUAUCUCUGCCUCGGGUCGGAAUGAUGGUGACUGGGUCAACCGCGUGGGUCUGUCUCGGAAGCACAUCUUCGAUGCCGUGGAUGCCACCGUCAAGAGACUGGGCACGUACGUCGAUGUGCUGCAGAUCCACCGUUUGGAUCGCGACACCCCCCGUGAAGAGAUCAUGAGGGCUCUCAACGAUGUGAUUGAGAGCGGGAAAGUGAGAUACAUCGGAGCUAGUACCAUGGCCGCAUGGGAGUUCCAAACACUCCAGAACAUCGCGGAACGGAACGGAUGGCACAAGUUCAUCUCCAUGCAGAACUACCAUAACCUCUUGGCUCGGGAGGAGGAGCGUGAGAUGAUCCCUUACUGUAUUGAUUCUGGUGUGGGUCUCAUUCCUUGGUCUCCCAUGGCCCGCGGUGUCCUGGCGCGGCCGUGGAAUUCCCGCUCGACGACGCGUGAGUCCACCGAUGCGGCGCUCAAGCUCCUUGUCCGAAGCCGAGAGUCCGAGGCCGAUAAGGCAAUUGUCGAUCGCGUCGAGGAGAUUGCCAAGAAGAAGGGCGUGAGCAUGGCGCAGGUGUCCAUUGCUUGGUCCUUGAGUCACGCCAAUGAGAACCCCAUUCUAGGAUUAAACAGCAAGGAGCGCAUUGAUGAAGCUGUUGCCAGUAUCAAGGUCAAGUUGACUGACGAGGAGAUCAAGUAUUUGGAGGAACCAUAUAUACCCAAGGCUCUGUCUGCUCUUGAGCGAUAAACGAAAACAAAUCGUGUAGGGUAUAUUUGCUCAUAAUUCAUAAAAAAUGUAUCUAAACCAAUGAAUAACCCCAAUUGCCUCAGUAUGGUCGGUCGUGGGUGUCUAAUAUUCUUAGGUACAUGCAUUCCGAAAAUCAAAGUGUGCUUGAUUAAAAGCCCUAUAUCUCAGAUAUAUUUACCACUGGUCGUUGAGUUCUCUAUAUACAAGUCCAGAUUUGAUCGGAAACGAAGGGAACAGCCGCUCGA